UCCCCGUUAGUUAGUGAAGAAGAAGAGCCGAUGGCACGAAGCCGAAGUUAGCAUGCGCUUCUCAAAUGUCUCAAUUUUCUCCACUACUUCUUAAUUGAGCUGCAGAAGUUCACGUUUGUGCUACAGUUCUUCCGUACAUUGGCAUUCUUUCUCAACCCUGACUCUGCUAAAACGCAAAGAUGCCUGUCCAGUGCAGCAGCUGCGCUGAGAAGCGUGCCAUGCUGAAACGUCCAAAGACGGGCCACUCGCUGUGUAAGGAGUGCUUCUUCUGGGCCUUCGAGGAGGAGGUGCAUCAAACCAUCGUGGCGGCAAAGUUAUUCCAACCUGGUGAGAUCGUUGGGAUCGCUGCAUCUGGUGGCAAAGAUUCCACAGUUUUGGCGCACGUGAUGAAGCUCCUGAACGAGAGGUACUCGUACGGCUUGAAUCUCAUGCUCCUCUCUGUGGAUGAGGGCAUCACUGGUUACAGAGAUGACUCUUUGGAAACGGUGAAGCGGAAUCAGCAACAGUAUGAGCUUCCACUGAAGAUCGUGUCAUAUGAGGAGCUGUACGGAUGGACUAUGGAUGCCAUAGUGAAGCAAGUGGGACUAAAAAAUAACUGCACCUUCUGUGGCGUGUUCCGACGACAGGCGCUGGAUAGAGGAGCUGUCAUGCUGAAAGUGGACAAGAUAUGCACAGGUCACAAUGCCGAUGAUGUAGCCGAAACGGUACUGAUGAAUGUCUUGCGAGGGGACAUUGCGCGUCUGCGGCGGUGUACCGCCAUCUCCACCAACAGCGAAGGCGACGGGGUCGUACCACGCUGCAAGCCUCUCAAAUACGCCUACGAGAAAGAGAUCGUUUUGUAUGCUUACUUCAAAAAGUUGGACUAUUUUUCCACGGAAUGCAUCUACUCUCCCAAUGCUUAUCGUGGCUACGCAAGGACCUUUUUAAAAGAUCUGGAGAGCGUACGUUCCAGCUCCAUCAUUGAUAUCAUCCACUCGGGAGAGAAUCUUUCUAUACGAGAGGGGGUGAAGAUGCCUGUGCAGGGAACUUGCAGCAAGUGUGGUUAUAUCUCCAGUCAGACAUUGUGUAAGGCCUGUGUGCUGCUGGAGGGUUUGAAUAGAGGCUUGCCCAAGCUGGGCAUUGGAAAACAUCACCGCUUGCAUGAAAAAAUUGUCAACAAUGAGCCAUUUACUGAAAAGGAGGAGAGGAAGUUGAAAGUGCUUGACAUUUGACAAGUAUGACACCAAGAAAUUAUAUUACUUUUCUCUGAAAAUGAACAUUGUUAACACACUUAACUGCCACCUUUGAUUGACCAUACCAAUUCCAGGGGAUUUUUAAAAGUUCGUUACUGUGGUUAUUGGUACCCAUGAUCAAUUGAUGUGCUAUAAUGUGUAUAACAUGACUGUAUACAUUUUUUUUAACAUUCUUGGUUGGAGUUGGAGUACCACUUGAAAUGAUAAUUAUAGCAGUCAAUAUUCUUUACACUGCUGUGAUUUAUUGCUUUCACAGUUUUAAUUAUCUAUGCAUGUUUUCCUUACAAUAAAUGGGUAGUUGUUCACA